AUGGGGGACUCAAUCUUGUCCACCAUUGCAGAAAAUGUUCUAGAAAAGAUAGGCUCUUUUGCUCCCCAACAAGCUUGUCUCGCUUGGGGUCUCAAAAACGAUUUAGAAAGUCUGAAGAAAAACUUGUCCGCCAUCAAAGCCGUACUCUUGGAUGCAGAGGAGAAGCAAACACAUAACCACGAGCUGCGCCUCUGGCUCGAGAGGCUUAAGAAUGUUUGUUACGAUGCUGAGGACGUGCUAGAUGAGUGGGAAUAUAAAGACUUGCGCAAACAAGUCCGGAAACAGUACGGAAGCAUCAAAACAAAGGUACACCACUUCUUUUCAUGCUCCAAUAAUCCACUCGUAGUCCGCUUUAAAAUAGGCAAUAAGAUAAAGGAGCUGAGAGAGAGGUUAGAUGAGAUAGCAGCUCAAAGAAGUAAAUUUCCUCUUGAAGAGGUAAGUAGACAAUAUCGGCAUAGAGAAAGGGAGAUGACUGACUCCUUUUUGCGUGCCUUGAAUGUUAUUGGGAGAGGCACUGAUAAGGAAAGAAUCAUGAAGUUUCUUCUGGAACAAGAAGAAGUUGAUGAUGAUUAUCAUCGUGUUGAUGUUAUUCCUAUAGUCGGAAUAGGAGGACUGGGAAAGACAACACUUGCGAAGCUCGUGUUUAAUGAUAAAAGAGUAGAUGAGUAUUUUCAAUUGAAAAUGUGGGUUUAUGUUUCUGAAAAAGAAUUCCACAAAAAACAUAUCUACCAGAAGAUGAUUAAAUCCUUGACUAAUCAAAAUCUCGUUGAUUUUGAUCUAGACCAGCUGCAAAAUUGCGUCCGAGAUCAAUUAAAUGGCAAAAAAUUUUUACUAGUCUUGGAUGAUGAAUGGAGUGUUGAUCGUAGUCGAUGGCUCGAGUUGAUUGAUCUGUUGGAAGAGGUUGCUAAUGGUGGUAAAAUUAUUGUAACGACGCGUAGUAACUCUGUAGCUGAAACUGUAGAGUCUAUUUCGUCGUACAAACUAAAAGGUCUUUCGCUUGAUGAUUGUUUGUCUUUGUUUAAGAAAUGCGCAUUUAAGAAAGGGGAAGAUGAGCGCUAUCCGAAUCUUGUGGAAAUAGGAUAUGACAUUGUGAAGAAAUGCGGAGGGCUUCCUUUGGCAGUAAGGACAUUAGGUACCUUAUUGUAUACCAAAAGAGACGAACAUUAUUGGAAGAACAUAAGAGAUAAUGAUAUAUGGAAACUGAAGCAAAAAGAAGGAGACAUUUUGCCUGCAUUAAGACUAAGCUAUGAUGAAUUGCCUUCCCAUUUGAAGCCAUGUUUAGCUAUCUUCUCAAAUUUUCCCAAAGAUUCUCAAUGGACUAAUCUUAUGAUGACUCAAGUUUGGAUGGCGAACGGUCUUCUUCAAUCCUCAGAUAGAAAUCAAGAGCUCGAAGAUAUCGGAUUGGAAUAUGUCGAGGAGUUAUAUUCAAGAUCAUUCUUUCAAGAUUUUCAAGAAUUCGGUAACAUUUGGGUUUUCAAAAUGCAUGAUCUAGUCCAUGAUCUUGCGCUAUCAGUUUCGCAAAGUGAGUGUGUAAUGGUAAAUGUUUCUAACCAGGAUGUCCCUGAAGGGGUUCGCCAUUUAUCGUUCUCUCCUCAUGUUUUGCUUGACCAAGAUCAUGGACUAGAUCAUGCAUUUUGA